GAGCGCUUCAGAGCCGAGCUCGGGUGCUCUUUGCGAGGUCUGUCGCGACUUGUUCUGGCUGCCCCCUGGGACUUCUCCGUCCCGAGGCAGCCUUAGUCGUGACGCCACCUCUCCAUAGAUCUCAGGCGCGGCGGAGGGGCUUGGGCGCUCCCCUCCUUGGGCGUGUGUGGAGAGGAGUCACCGGCAGACUCGGGGGCGAUAACUACAACAACAACAAGUGUGUGACAGUGUAGGGCCCUUAGGGCUUGCGAAGCGAUUUCCUCUUAACAUCCCGAUUGUACAGCCUGAGGAAACCGAGGUUUUUAGAGGCGAGAGGAGGCAGGGUGGUGGAAUGGAAGAAAGUGGCCUGGCUCAGGAAUGCAGAGGAUCUGGGUUGAAGUCCCGGACCUGCCCCCUGCCGCUGUGUGACCUUGGAAAAGUCGCUUUGCCUCUCUGGUUCUCGGUGUCCUCCAUUGCAAAAUGAGGGAAUUGUAUCAAUUCAUCUUUAAAUCUUUGUUCCUGAGCCUUAGCUAUCAUCAGGAGGCUAGUAAAGGGUCCAAAUUUGUUUCCUCAUAGCUUGCAUUCCCAUCACACUGAACCCAUGCCCAUAUGACAGUUUUCUGUCACCCCUGUAUCAGCUCUGGGCAGAAUUGUACGUAGAGAAAGCUAAUGGGGUCCUGAGGUUUUAGAGUUUGAACGCUAAAUGAUGAUAUCUUUUAGGGCUUAACAUCCAUCACAACAACCACAUGUGGUAGCUUAUUGCAGGUUUUAUAAACCCUAUUUUAUAGAUGAGGAUUCAGAGUCCCAGUGAGUGACAGUCACUUACUUGUCCAGAGUCAUACAGUUAGUGUCAGGCUGGAUUCAAACCCAGGCAUCUAGCACUAUUUCUGAUGUACUAAGCUUCCUGGAUACUGUGGAAAUGCAGUUCAAUUCAACAAACAUCAGGUCAGUCUAUCAAUUGGAAGGUCAUUAUUUCAAAAAAUAUGUCCAUCAGGGGGUUGAAGAAAAAGCAGCCAAAGACGUUCAAAGUCAAAGUGAUCACAAUGGAUGCCGAAAUGGAAUUCAGCUGUGAGAUGAAAUGGAAGGGGAAAGAUUUGUUUGAUCUGGUGUGCCGAACUCUAGGGCUCCGGGAGACCUGGUUCUUUGGCCUACAGUAUACCAUUAAGGGAGUCUGUGCCUGGUUAAAGAUGGAAAAAAAGGUUUUGGAACAAGAAAUUCCCAAGGAAGAUCCAAUAAAAUUCUGUUUUUUGGCCAAGUUUUACCCAGAGAAAGUGGAGGAAGAACUCCUUCAGGAAAUCACUCAACACCUUUUUUUUCUUCAGGUAAAGAAACAGAUAUUGGACGAAGAAAUCUAUUGUUCUCCAGAGGUCACUGUUUUGUUGGCUUCAUAUGCUGUCCAGGCUAAGGCAUACUCUUCAAUCCAGGGGCACUGGCCUCCUGGCUGUUCCACGGAAAAGACACUCCCUCAGUAUGGUGACUACGACCCCAACUUUCACAAACCAGGCUUCCUAGCCCAGGAUGAACUGUUACCCAAAAGAGUCCUCAAGCAGUAUCAGAUGACAGUCCACAUGUGGGAAGAAAAGAUAACCGCCUGGUAUGCAGAGCACAGGGGGAUUGCCAGGGAUGAAGCUGAGAUGAACUAUCUGAAAAUUGCCCAAGAUUUGGCGAUGUAUGGUGUCAAUUACUUCUCCAUUGAACAAAAUAAAAGCCACACAGAUCUCUUGCUUGGUGUAGAUGCUAAAGGGAUCCAUGUCUACAGCAUAAAUAAUCGGUUCUCUCCAAAUAAAUCUUUUGAAUGGAGCGCAAUCAGAAACAUUUCCUACAGUGAGAAGGAGUUAACAAUUAAACCUCUUGACAAAAAGGCAGAAGUUUUCAAGUUCUUUUCCUCACAGCUGAAGGUGAAUAAGUUGAUCCUUCAGUUGUGUGUUGGAAAUCAUGACCUAUUCAUGAAGAGGAGAAGAGCAGACUCCAUUGAGAUUCAGCAAAUGAAAGCUCAAGCCAAGGAAGAGAAAGCUCGGAAGAAAAUGGAGCAUCAGAGGUUGGCCAGGGAGAAGCAGCUUAGAGAAGAGGCCGAGAGAGCCAAAGAUGAACUGGAAAGGCGGCUGUUUCAGCUGGAAGCCGAGGCCCGACAAGCCAGUGAGGCCUUACUCCACUCCAAAGAGACAGCGGAGCUGCUGGCCGAGAAGGCGCAGAUUGCUGAGGAGGAAGCCAAGCUGCUUGCCCAGAAUGCCGCGGAGGCUGAGCAGGAGCGCCAGCGGCUGGAGAUCACGGCCCUGAAAACCAAGGAAGAGAAACGUCUGAUGGAGCAGAAAGUGAGGGAAGCAGAAAGGAUCGCUGCCAGACUGGUCAAGGAAUCAGAUCUGAGAACCAAGGAAACUGAAUACCUGAAACAAGACCUGAGUGAGGCCAGAGAAGCCGAGCGCCGAGCAAAGCAGCGGCUCCUGGACGUCACCCAAGUCUCGCACUCUCACACAAACAGGUAUCCUCAACCUUCCCCUGUUGUGUGUGGAGACCUUGGAGUUGAAAAAGGAUGUACAAAGUUUGAUUUAAGGGAUGUCGACCUGAAGAGACUGUCCUUGGAGAUAGAAAGGGAGAGGUUAGAUUAUUUGGAGAAGAGUAAAAAUUUUGAAGAUCGAUUAAAACAACUUAAGUCUGAAAUACAUGCCCUGAAACUUGAGGAAAAACAAAAGGGGUCAAUCUCUCAAUGGAAUGAAGUCUUUGGAUCACUAGACCUUACCUUAAGAAAGGUGCCAUUGUGUAAGACGUGUGAAGCACGAGGCAGACAGGAUGAACAUCUCCAGAGGCCCUUCCUGCCUUAUCCACUGAAUGCUUUGCGUAGCUGGGCAGGCAUCAACGCUAACUGCUGCAGUAUGACAGGAAAAAAGUGUUCUCGAACAAACAACUUGGUUUCUAAUAACACCGGAAUGGGAACUCACAAAAACAUUGUAAAGGUUCAGCAGCGUGACUCAGAUGUGAUCUACAUUUGAAGUUUUUUGGACACACAGGUUCCAGAAGGUGAAUACGUCGAAUUUGUGUAAAAAUACCUUCAGUGAGGCUUAAAGUAACAAUAAUGACCCUUCUUGCUUAUGGGGUUUAUUGUGUGCCAUGUUUCAGAGAUGGCCAUUUCCUUAUAAAGGGAUACUGAGGACCCUUCCUGAUGCUGCUAAUUUAGAGGGUGGGCAAGGCAGAAAAGGACACCCUCCCUGGAAAAAAGGCCUAAGUCCUACAAAUUAUAUGGACUCUAACUGGAACACAAACUGUUCCUGUCAUCCUGGUACUGAGCACUUUGGCUUGACCUUAGAUCACAUCUGUUGUUUGUUCCCUGGACUCUGAUCCCGGUAAGAAUGUUUGCUUCUGAUGGAGACACCACAUUCUGCUUCUGGCCCCUUUGCUCACCAUGCCAGUGCUUGGCCACUGGCUCUGGCUCCAUCUAUGGCUUCUGGACCCUCUCUGAAUGGGAACCUUCUUACCCUGGCCUUCUGGCAGGCUUCGCUGGAACCUUGAAAGACCCUUGCUUGUAUCCACUAUAGCUUUCCUAUCCUAGUCUCAGGAUGUGGCUGGGAGAAAAAGUAAAACUAUAUCCAUCUCAUAUUAUUUGCAGUGAUGAUCACAGUUUUUUUACCCAGCUUCAAAUAUUACUUAGCAGUUUGAAUAUUGAACUCUCUCUCAUGUUUUAACUUGGUGGUAAUUCAAUAAGAAAACGUCAACCCCAUUAGUUUGGUUUCUCUUAUGGGACUUAAGUCUCAGGCCAACAUCAGGAGGCUGUCCUCCAGUCUUACUGUCUCAAAUAAAGGAGGUGACAGCCUCCAACUUCCCUGAGAAGAUUGAGGUCACCUGAUAGGAGUUCCCUAAUUCCCCCUUGUCCACAUUUCAGAACUUCUCAGAAACCUUACUCCUGUUUUCUUCUCCGUUCCUCAGAUGAAAAGCCAGCCUUUUCCUUACUGAUACUAAUCCCUUCCACCUCCUUUCUCCUCUCUGGCAUCUUUACUUUCUUCUUCCAUUAACUCCCUUCUGCAUGCAAACAUCUCCCCAAUUAAAAAAAAAAAGAAUAAAAACCUUUUUUCUUCUAACCUAAGCCCAACUACCAGCUUUUCAUGACCAAACUUCUUGAGAAAAUUGUCUAUUCCCCCAUACAGCUACUUUUUAACUUGCGUAUUUUUCUUAACCCCUUGCGAUCUGGCUUCCCCCGUUCCUAGAGAGUCUUCUCUCUAAGGUCAUCAGACAUCUCCUAAUGGACCAUAACCUGUAUUCACUCCUCUGCUUGCUGGACCUCUUUUUAGCAUUCUCCGCCGUUGACCGGUCUGCCUAUUUCCUUUGCCUUCAGAGACAUCACGUCUAGUUAUCCUUCUGUCUCUUUUGUCGCUCCUUCUCUGUGUUCUCUCUCUCCUUCCUCUCGCUUUUUGGGUUGUUUUCCAGAAGGUCAUUUCCUCAGACCUCAGUUCUGUCCCUCGGCUCCAGCUGCUCAGAAUUCUUCAGAAGUUCACCGGCUUCUGCAGUCGUUUCUGUGCGGGUCCCUCCCCCAGAUUUACGUCUCUAGCCCUGGUCCUUCAGCUCCUUGUCAGCAUUUCCAGCUGCUAGAGUCCCCUGCUACUUAUGUUUCCCUUGUGUCCACAACCAAGCUUACCAUCAGGCUCCUUUUUUUUCUGGCUUCACCAUUUCCGUUAGGAACAUUUCCAUCGGCCAGGAUUGCAGGUUUGAAACGUUGGUGAUAUUUAAUGUCCUCUUUGUCAUCUCUCAUGUAUGAUGAGUCACCAGGUACUGUCUACUCUGCCUCUUCUGUAGUUCUCACGUCCUCCUAGUCCAGGCUCUUAUUCCUUACUGCCUGCUAUUGAAAGACCCUCCACUCUGUUCUCUUCCAGUUCUUUCUCCACCAGAGGACUAAACUAAUCUUCCUUUUGUGCAGAUGUGUUCAUUGUCCUCUUUGUUCAGAAUCCUCAGUGGCCCUCCGUGAUUUGACUUUUACUCUGCCUUCCUUUUUAACGUGUUUUUC